AUGCCCCACACCCUUUGCCCUACGUCCUACACACCCUACACCUUACACCCUACGCCCUAUGCCCCACACCUUACACCCUAUGCCCCACACCCUUUGCCCUACGCCCUACACACCCUACACCUUACACCCUACGCCCUAUGCCCCACACCUUACACCCUAUGCCCCACACCCUUUGCCCUACGCCCUGCACACCCUACACCCUACACUUUACGCCCUACACCCCACACCCUACAACCUACACCUUACGCCCUACACCUUACGCCUUACACCCUACACCUUACACCCUACACCCCACACCUUACACCCUACAACUUACACCCUAUGCCCCACACCCUUUGCCCUACGCCCUACACACCCUACACCUUACACCCUACGCCCUAUGCCCCACACCUUACACCCUAUGCCCCACACACUUUGCCCUACGCCCUACACACCCUACACACCUUACACCCCUACGCCCUAUGCCCCACACCUUACACCCUAUGCCCCACGCCCUUUGCCCUACGCCCUGCACACCCUACACCCCUACACCUUACACCCUACACUUUACGCCCUACACCUUACGCCCUACACCCUACACCUUACACCCUACACCUUACGCCCUACACCUUACACCCUAGACCCCACCCCUUACACCUUACACCCUAUGCCCCACACCUUACACCCUACGCCCCACGCCCUACACCCCACACUCCACGCCGUACACCCUGCACCCUACGCCCUACAGCGACGGAGGGCCGAACAUCAGCGUUUCCCUGCAGGAGCUCAACUCUCGUUUAA